AUGAAGUCCCCGAUCCCCGACUAUCUCAACGCAGUGCUGGAGCGGGUCCGGCCAAUUGAAGAUGGCGAACCGGCUCAGUACAUCAAGACACUCGCCAACGCAGACCCGUCCAAGCUUGGCGUGGCGCUCGUCAUGGUGGAUGGGAAUGUCUACUCGGCCGGGGACGACGACGUCGAGUUUUCGAUCCAGUCCAUCUCAAAGGCGUUCGUGUAUGCGAUCGCAAUCGAAGAUGCCGGGCUGGAGCGUGUCCUAGACAAGAUCGGCGUCGAGCCGUCGGGAGAUGCGUUCAACAAACUGUCGCUGCAUAGGGACAACAACCGGCCGAUGAACCCCAUGAUCAAUGCUGGGGCGAUUGCGGCGCAUUCGCUUGUCGUGCAUCCAAAUGCGACGGCGGAAGAGAGGACGGAGCGCAUCCUCAAGACGCUGUCGAGGCUCGCGGGGCGGACGCUGUACGUCGACGAGGAGGUCUACGAGGCCGAGCUGGCGGACGCCGACCGCAACAUGGGGAUCGGGUACAUGCUCAAGGCCGCGGGCAUCAUCUCGUGCCGGCCGGCCGAGGUCGUCCAGGGGUAUAUCCGGCAGUGCUCGAUCAACGUCAACGUCCGCGACCUGGCCAUGAUGGCCGCGACGCUCUGCAACGCGGGCGUGAACCCCGUCACGGGCGAAACCAUCAUGCCCGCCGACAGUGUGCGCCAGGUACUCUCCGUCAUGACGACAUGUGGCAUGUACGAUGCCGCGGGGUCCUGGGUCUCGCGCGUCGGCAUCCCAGCGAAAAGUGGCGUCGCGGGGGGAAUCAUCGGCGCCCUCCCGGGCCAAGUCGGCAUCGCCGCCUUCUCACCCAAACUCAACGAGCGCGGGAACAGUGUCCGGGCCGUCGCGCUCUUCGAGCACCUGUCCCGCGACAUGGGGUUCCACAUGAUGGACGUCAGCCAGAUUGCCCGAGCGAGCGUGAGCACCUCGGUGGCGAAGAUCGUCGCGGGAAAACAGGAACCGCAUCACUCGAACUGCGACCAACGCGUCGUCAUCUUUGCGCUCCGUGGCGCUGUGCGCUUCGCGGGCUCGGAGCGCCUCACGCGCGCCAUUGUGCGGGAGCUCGGCGAGCCGGAUCCGAACGAUCCAGGGUCUGGCGAGCACCGGGAUGCGUGUGCUGUCGUGGUGUCGCUUCGGGACGCGUUUUCGCUCAAUCCGGUUGCGCGCCGGGUGAUUCACGAGAGCAUAAAGCGUCUGCUCGCGGAGGACAAGACUGUCGUGGUGAUUGAUCCCAACAGCGUGUUGCAGAUGGAUGUGGGCAGCCUUUCACCGUCUCAGCAGCGGCCGCGGGUUGUGCAGAAUGAAAAACAAGCAAGGGAGUUCAUCGGAGGAGCGGGUUGUUCAGCUGUUACGCAAUCUGACAAUUGGUAG